AUGGCCCGAGGGUCAAGCAAUUUUGGCCUCUCUUCUCGUGGACGAGGCUCAUUUCGUGGCCAGCGCGGAGGUGGCUCCGUACACUUUAGAGGCGGCAGAGGGCGAGGACGUGGGAGGGGAGGGGGAGCAGGGUCAGAAGGCGCACCGCGACGCGACGAUGACGGGACACAACUUGCCGAACGAUUCGAAGAAGUCAGGGUGUCUGAUGAAGUCGACGAAAAACUCGGGUUUCCAAGAGUUCAAGAGGGAUUGCAGAAGGAAGGCUGGCUCGUCAACAUGCAUCCGACACUAGUCAAAGACGCUGAGUGGCCCUCAGGCAAGGCUGCUGUUGACUUCUACUUCAUUCAAGACGAUGGCGGCAUGUUUAAAUGCACUUACCAAUACGAACCCUACUUCUAUAUUUCCUGCAAGGCGCGUCUUUUGUCUUCCAACGGCACAGAAACGACGAUAGAGGAGUGGCUAAACAAGAAAUAUGAAGGGCUCAUAUGCCGCAUCACACGCGAAUGGAAGGAAGACCUCAAACUCCCGAACCAUCUCAUGGGACAUCGGCGAUUAUAUCUGCAGCUCUGUUUUCGCAACGUAUCAGAUCUCCUCGCAGUUCGAAGAGAGAUAGUCCCUCUUGCACUGGCCAAUAGUGCCAAACGCGACGCCGUUGACGCGUAUGCUGAAGUUGUCAGCGCAUCAGCAAGCGCGAGCAUGGAUAUAGAUUUUGAAGACGAAUGGGGUGGUCGGGCGACGAAGAAAAAUGGAAUUCGGGACAGGGACCCUCGAGAAAGCAUCAUUGACGUUCGCGAGUUCGACGUGCCAUAUUACCUUCGUGUCGCCAUCGACAACGACAUCCGUGUUGGGCUCUGGUAUGCAGUCACAUUUACCGCUGGCCAGCCUGCUUUUCGCCACAUCGCGGAACGAGUCAAACGUGCGGACCCCGUCGUCAUGGCCUACGAUAUAGAGACGACAAAAGCGCCACUCAAGUUUCCUGACCAGGCCAUAGAUCAGGUCAUGAUGAUUUCGUACAUGGUUGAUGGUCAGGGCUACCUCAUCACAAACCGUGACAUCGUUAGUGAAGACAUCGAUGAUUUCGAGUAUACGCCCAAGGAGGGGUAUGAGGGCCCCUUCAUUGUGUUCAAUGAGAAGGAUGAGGCAGCUACAAUUCGUCGCUUCUUUUCUCAUAUUCAAGAAGUUAAGCCAACUGUAAUGGCCACAUUCAACGGCGACUUUUUCGACUUUCCAUUCCUCGAUGCACGUGCCAAAGCCAACGGUAUCGACAUGUUCCUCGAAACCGGCUUUGCCAAAGAUUUGGAGGACGAGUACAAGAGUCGUUGUUGCGUCCACAUGGACUGCUUCCGGUGGGUGAAGCGGGACUCGUAUUUACCCCAGGGAAGUCAAGGUUUGAAGGCGGUCACGACUGCAAAGCUGGGGUACAAUCCCAUCGAACUCGAUCCUGAACUGAUGACACCAUACGCGGUUGAACAACCCCAAGUACUUGCGCAGUAUUCAGUGUCAGAUGCUGUUGCGACAUAUUACCUCUACAUGAAAUACGUCCACCCAUUCAUCUUUUCGUUGUGCAACAUCAUCCCGCUCAAGGCCGACGAGGUUCUCCGCAAAGGAAGCGGAACUCUCUGCGAGACUUUAUUGAUGGUUGAAGCGUAUCGUGGACACAUUAUCAUGCCAAACAAGCAUGAAGAAAGCCAUGGAGCCAUGUAUAACGGACAUCUCGUUGCAACCGAAACCUAUGUCGGUGGGCACGUAGAGGCGUUGGAGGCUGGAGUAUUCAGGAGUGAUAUUCCGACACAUUUCAAGAUCGAACCUUCCGCAAUUGAACAGCUUAUCGAGGAACUCGAUGCGGCACUGACAUUCUGUAUCGUCGAAGAGUCCCAAUCAUCAAUGGACAAAGUGACCAACUACGACGAGGUCAAGAACGAAAUCCAAAGAAUGCUUGAAGUUAUGCGCGACGAGCCAAUCAGGAUGGACAACCCGCUCAUCUACCAUUUGGAUGUAGCCGCUAUGUACCCCAACAUUAUGUUGUCGAACCGCCUUCAACCUGACUCGAUGGUGGACGAAGCCGUAUGUGCUGUAUGCGACUACAAUCGGCCUGGUAAGACCUGCGAUAGGCGGCUGGAAUGGGCGUGGAGGGGAGAGUACUUCCCUGCUCAUCGGGACGAGUUCAACAUGAUCAAACAUGCGCUCAAUCAGGAGAGUUUCCCGCCCAAGAAACUUGGGGGCCCGCAACGAAGAUUCCCGGACCUCACGGAGGCCGAGCAGACUGCCCUUUUGCACAAGCGGCUGGGAGACUAUUCGCGCAAGGUUUACAAAAAGACCAAAGACACCAAGAUCGAGAACCGCGAAGCCAUUAUCUGCCAACGGGAGAAUCCAUUCUACGUCGACACUGUCCGCCGCUUUCGGGACCGCCGAUAUGAGUAUAAAGGGUUGCACAAAACCUGGAAAAAGAACCUCGACACGGUCGUUGCAGAGGGCAAGUCGUUGGGCGAAGUUGACGAGGCAAAGAAGAUGAUCGUGUUGUAUGACUCGUUGCAACUCGCCCACAAGUGCAUUCUCAACUCGUUCUACGGGUACGUGAUGCGCAAAGGUGCCCGAUGGCAUUCGAUGGAGAUGGCUGGUAUCACGUGCCUAACUGGUGCGACGAUCAUUCAGAUGGCGCGUGCAUUGGUGGAGCAGAUCGGUCGCCCGUUGGAGCUCGAUACGGAUGGAAUAUGGUGCAUGCUUCCAGGAGUGUUCCCGGAGAACUUCAAGUUCAAACUCGACAACGGCAAAUCGAUUGGAUUUUCGUAUCCCUGCACAAUGCUCAACCAUCUUGUCCACGCCAAGUUUACAAACCAUCAGUAUCAUGACCUGGAUCCCAACACGGGCGAGUACGUCGUCCACAGCGAGAACUCUAUCUUCUUCGAGUUGGAUGGGCCGUACAAGGCAAUGAUUCUGCCGUCUUCGAAGGAGGAAGAUAAACUGUUGAAAAAACGAUACGCCGUGUUCAAUGACGACGGAAGUCUCGCAGAGCUGAAGGGAUUCGAAGUCAAGCGACGCGGAGAGUUGCAGCUCAUCAAAAUCUUCCAAUCGCAGUUGUUCGAGAAGUUUUUGCUGGGAACGACAACGGAGGAGUGUUAUGCUGCUGUUGCACAAGUUGCAGACCAAUGGCUCGACGUUUUGUUCAGUCACGCGGAUAAUUUGAGUGACGAAGAGUUGGUCGAGCUGAUUGCAGAGAACCGUAGCAUGUCAAGGACGCUCGCGGAAUAUGCGGGCCAGAAAUCGACAUCUAUCAGCACAGCUAAACGACUAGCGGAAUUCCUCGGUGAUCAAAUGGUCAAGGAUAAGGGCCUUGCGUGCAAGUUCAUCAUCUCCGCAAAACCGAUAGGCGCUCCAGUUACAGAACGCGCUGUCCCUGUUGCUAUUUUCUCUGCCGAAGAGAGUGUCAAGCGAACCUAUCUUCGGAAAUGGCUCAAAGACAACAGCUUAACCACCUUCGAAUUGCGGGAGAUUCUGGACUGGCAGUAUUAUAUUGAACGACUUGGGUCCGUUAUCCAGAAGCUCAUCACGAUCCCCGCAGCAAUGCAGAAAGUUGCCAACCCUGUUCCGAGAAUUCGACAUCCAGACUGGCUUCACCGUCGUGUCGCUGGUGCGGUAGACAAAUUCAAGCAAAACAAGAUGACAGACUUCUUCCGAGUGAUGACGGAGGAGGAGAAGACGCAGCAAACCCAACCCCAAACGCAAGACAUCGAAGAUAUUGGUGGGGAAGGGGACCGAGAAGGUGGCCAGAAACGGGCUGUGGUGAAGAAACGAAUGCGGAAGGAGGCUCCAGCGCCAGAAGAGACGCCGAUUCCGAGUCCUUCAGUAAACUACUCUGCAUGGAUCAAGGCUAUGCGGCCGCGCUGGAGGCUGAAGCAGCAAUUGCGCAAUGGCUCGGGUGGGCCUGUGGUUGUACCAGAGAUGUUCAAAAACGUCAAGGUUCGAACAAAUCGACGAUGGGACGUCAUCCAAAUUCGUCCAAGCAAAACUCCGGGACGGUAUCUCCUUUGGUUGUCAGUGGACUCUGACAUUGUUUCGCUCCCAUUGCGGAUUCCUCGCGAAUUCUACAUCAACAUGCGUACCGCUAAAGAGGAGUUAUUCCAAACCGAGUUGUACGUCUGGGAGAAGGUUACGCGUAGUCUGCCGCGAGACCUUUCUUCUGCAAAUCUUUACAAGAUAUCAGUCAGAGAGGAUGUGUACCAGCAAAACCAGGAGCAUUUUAUCGACUUGACGAACGAUCCAAAUGUGGAUGGCGUUUACGAGUUACAGGUGCCCCUGUACUUGCGUGCGGUGUUCAAGCUAGGCAAGACUUGCUCAACCAAUGACUCGAGCACGUCUCUCAACCGGGCUCAGACCACCGGCCUGGAUCUCUCUCAAAUGGACCGCGCGGGAAGCACUUUCUCGAAACAAAAGUAUUUCGACCGCGGCCAGGACAAAAAAUACUUGUUUUUGUUCCAUGCCCAGGGUGCCAAUUCACCUCUCCAUGUAUUUGCGCUGUUUCUUCCAAACGGGACGGUCAAAAUGCAUCUAGUCGACCCAGCAACUCGGAGGCAACCUGUUUCUCGAUUGGCGAGUACAUAUGCGGAUUUUCUUACUACCUUCCGGGAAUCUGCGUACGCCAAAUCGAGUCCAUAUCCCUAUCCCGAUGCCCUAGAGUUUAGCACCACAUAUCACGGCAACGAUGGUACGGCCCUCAAGGCCCUCUCUCGCGAACUUGGGUUAUUGGAAGACAAAUCAUACAUCAUAGUUUUGUCUUCGAGCAAGGACGAUUCUUACUUCGAGCGACUCGUCCCCAAGUUGUCCAAAUUCCCCGUCCUCUCGAUGACCAAAGCGCGAACUUCACACAUCCUCGACAUGUAUCCGUGGCAGACCGACCUCCCCAAGAAGCUCUUCCGUCGCUACUUUGCUGUUGGCCCACAUUUGGAUCGGAUGGCGACAAUCGCAGAUUACUAUGACAUACCGAUUGGACAUAUUGAGGGAGACCACCCACUAUUCCUCUCAGAUGUAUCAUUCGCUCGCCGUCUUAUUCAACAAGACAUGGUUCUAUGGUGGUCUCCAGGCGAGCGACCCGACCUCGGUGGUAUCGAGGACGACCGGCGACCUACUGAAGAGUUUCCCAAAACGGAGUUCAUGUCUCCCGGUGCAUAUUCGAACGUCUGUCUCGAAGUCGUUGUCCGCAAUCUGGCUGUCAACUCUGUUCUACACUCGCUUGUCGUGAACGAACUGGAGGGAAGCGGUGGUGCGACCGCCUUCGACUCGGUGUCUAAAACCAUGAACGAGUAUGCCAAGGGAGAAUCAUCGCGUGACUUGACGCUUGGCGAAUCGAACAUUUCGACGCAGAUGUUUAGUAUUAUGCGGUCGAUGGUCAAAAUGUGGCUUCUUGACAAGAUAGAAAGUCAAUUCGAUGGUCCGGCAAACAUGGUCCUGGACCAUUUCUGGAGAUGGAUCAGCUCCUGUGCAUCUCACAUGUACGACUCUAGCAUUCACCGCUUCGUCCACGGAUUGAUGCGCAAGACCUUCAUCCAAUUGCUUGCCGAAUUCAAACGACUCGGGUCACAUAUCGUCUAUGCCGAUUUCAGCCGCAUUGUCCUUGCGACAUCGAAACCACCCGGUACCGCCCAUGCUUAUGCGACCUACAUCACAAGCGCGGUCAACUCGCACGAGCUAUUCCAGCAUAUUUACCUGCACGCCGGUACCUUCUACGACUAUCUGCUGUUCAUGGACCAGGCCAACUCAGGCGGGAUUGUCUGCUCUGACCCAGAGGCCGUUGACCCACCAGAGACUCUCGAAGUUGAGGAUAAUUGGAACAUCGCCAAAUUCCUGCCGCCAGCCGUGCAAGAUGACUUCAAAGCCGCUAUUCAGUAUUUCAUCGUAGAGAUGUAUAAACUGCGGCAACGAAUAACGGGAGGCGGGCGAGCUCCGCUUCGUAUCAUCCACAAUGCCGAUGGGGCCCCAGAUUCGACCCAACGCGACGCUGGAAAGGCGAAAGAGAUGGAGAUGGUGCAAGAGUUUAUUUCGCGGCGACUUACGCGGAAGCUUUUGAGGCUGGUUGGGGCUGCUCAGGAGCGAUAUCGUGACGCCGUUAUGGACGAAGAUGCCAUCGUACAGUUCGAUUUCCCGCUCCUUCCUGGUUCUCAUCUCCAUUUCGCCAAUCCUACCCUAGAGCUCACGAAGAUGAUUUGUGCUGCGCUGGGUCUGGCAAAGGAGUACCAUGUCGAGCUAGGCUUAUUGAAGCGGAGCCUGCUCGAGCUGAUUGGGGUGCGCGAAUUUGCGGCCGAGGCUGUUUUCCGCAACCCCUGCGAGCCCUUGAAGCUGUUCAAUGUGGCUUGUCAGCAUUGCGAGGUGAUGCGUGACAUGGAUUUCUGCCGCGACACAGACUUGGAGGUGACUAGCACCGGCUCGCAUCAACGCUGGACAUGUGGGGAGUGCGGGGGAGAAUACGACCGGCUCGCAAUCGAGUUUACGUUGAUUGACAUGGUCUACAGCAUGGAGAGGUCAUUUGCGCAGCAAGAUUUGCGCUGCUCCAAGUGCCAACAAAUCCAGUCAGACAAUGUCUCGCGCUAUUGCCAGUGCUCUGGCGCAUAUCAGCAAACGCAAAACAAAGCGGAGGUGCGGAGGAAAUUGAAAACAAUCGUGAAUGUCGCCAUUGUGCAAAAUCUUCCGCGGCUCAAAGAAUGCGCACAGACCAUGUUGAACAGUUGGUGA